AAAAUAAUGAAGAUUGACAUACACAGCCACAUCUUGCCCAAGGAAUGGCCCAAUCUGAAGGAGAGAUAUGGCUAUGGAGGAUGGGUACAGCUUCACCACAAAUGCAAGGGAGAAGCAAAAAUGAUGAAAGAUGACAAGUUUUUCAGAACAGUGCAAGAAAACUGCUGGGAUCCACAAGUACGGAUUCAAGAAAUGGAUCAAGCAGGUGUGACAGUGCAGGUUCUUUCUACUGUUCCUGUCAUGUUCAACUAUUGGGCUAAACCUAAGGACACUCUGGACUUGUGCCACAUGUUGAAUGAUGACCUAGCAGUCACAGUUCAUAAAAACCCAAAGAGGUUUGUUGGCCUUGGUACAUUACCCAUGCAAGCCCCACAACUGGCUGUUGAGGAAAUGUAUCGUUGUGUGAAAGAAUUAGGCUUUCCAGGAAUCCAGAUUGGUUCCCAUAUUAAUGACUGGGACCUGAAUGCCCCAGAACUUUACCCUGUAUAUGCGGCUGCAGAAGAGUUAAAAUGUGCCAUAUUUAUCCACCCCUGGGAUAUGAAGACUGAUGGGAGAAUGUCCAAAUAUUGGCUUCCAUGGCUUGUAGGGAUGCCUGCUGAAACAACUACAGCGAUGUGCAGCAUGAUGUUUGGUGGAAUCUUUGAAAAAUUUCCCAAAUUGAAAGUCUGUUUUGCUCACGGAGGUGGUGCUUUCCCUUAUACCAUUGGUAGGAUUGAACAUGGAUUUAACGUUCGUCCAGAUUUGUGUGCUGUGGACAAUAAGACAAGCCCUCGGAAGUACUUGGGCCACUUUUACACAGAUUCAUUGGUUCAUGAUCCACUUGCACUAAAUUUGUUAGUGGAAGUGAUCGGAAAGGAUAAAGUGAUGCUAGGAACAGACUAUCCCUUCCCACUGGGAGAGUUGGAACCAGGGAAACUUAUCGAAUCCAUGGAACAAUAUAACAGUGGAACUAAAGAUAAGCUACUUGCUGAGAAUGCACUGGAAUUUCUGGGCCUUGAAAAGAAACAAUUUACGUAACAUGAUACCUGUUUAAACGAGCUUCCUUGUUUCACAGUUAAGAAAUGCCUACAUUAUUUGAGGUAGAGCCAAUUGUGCAGCUUGUUUGAUAAGCUUCUCAACGCCAACAUCCAACUGCAGUUUAGUAUCACAGAAUAUGCUGUCUGCUUUCUGAAACUGACAUAUCUUGAGUGCCCAUUAUAACCGUUCAUUAUUGCAUAUGUCUGAUCAGCAUUCUAAUAAUAACAAAGCCAUUCUCC